GGGGUAUUAACUCCUAUCACUAACAUUUUAUGUUGUAACAUACCAGAGUCACACGCAAUCCAGCAGUCCAGCGCCACCAACAACGUGACAGAGCUCUCCACUCUCCUCAGUGAUAGCCCCUAGACCCCUCCACUCUUUGCCGGCAGUCAGCGUCACAGCGACACAACAACACUGGCAUCCCAUUCAGCCCUCGCGACACAGCAACAGUCGCAGUGCGGUCGCCUUCUCACCUUCCUCCGUUCCGUAGCCGCCGCCUCCGUCGCCUUCCUCGGUAGCCACCGUUUCCUUGCCGUCGCCUUCCAGAUUCCGCUGCUGCCAUCAUCCUCCACACCUUCCUCCACGCUCUCUGAGUCUCUAGAAUGGAGAUGCCUCAGUUUGAUUGAUCACAGGGCAAGUGAGAACAUUGGUGUUUCAGAAGGUGAAACAGUUUAAAAACCGACAAACCAAACCAAACUGUACUGCGAACACCUCUAGUUUCGGGUGUUAGCCCUUUUUCUUGCCCAAAAGAAAAAAAAAAAAGAUGGAAGUUAUGUCUUUUUGUGUCACAUUCACCCAAUUUCAUACAUUUUCCUUUCUGAAACCAAAAGUAACAACAACCGAAAUUCAGGGCCUUUCACUACCCAAUAAUAGGAGCAAACAUUGCAAUCUUUAUUCAUUUUCUUCUUCAUCUUCAAGAAGUAUAGCAGCAACAGCAACACUAUACCCUUCCACCACCCAGAAGAACCGCUACUGGAUGGUACUCAUGGAGCCUCCACCUCAUGGUGUCACCUCCAAGUCACAACUCAUCGAUUAUUACGCCAACACUCUACACAAAGUCCUUGCCAGUGAGAGAGAUGCUCAAAUGUGUAUAUAUGAUGCUUCCUGCGAUACACACUUUGGUUUCUGUUGUGACAUUGAUCCACAAAUAACCUCCCAACUCACAAGUUUACCGGGGGUCUUGUUGGUUAGGCCUGAUCCGGAUUUCAGUUCUUCGAAAAAGGACUAUAGUCUAUCAAGUGGUCAAGAAGGUCUGCUAUCGAAUUCAAAACUACAAUUUGAAACCAACAUGUUAUUCUUUCUUGAGAAUUCAAAGCAUUGGCUUGUUAGAAUUGAUAAACCUGCUGUUGGGAUUGUUACAAAGGCUCAGAUUGUCGAUUAUUUUGUUCAAAUAUUGACCAAGGUGAUGGGAAACGAAAAGGAUGCUCAGAUGUGCAUAUAUCAUGUUUCCUGGAAAAAAAUAUUUGGUUUUUGCUGUGAACUUGAUGACGACUGUGCACAGGAGUUAGUUGGUGUGCCUGGUGUCUUAUCAGUUCAACCAGAUAAUAAUUUUGAGUCAGCAAAUAAGGAUUAUGAAGGUAAUAACUUAGAAAACAGUUUGAGUGUGCAAAAAUCUUUUGAAACAAGUCAGGCAGCUCCCCUGCGAACGAAAAAGCUUUUUGUGACAGGGCUAUCGUUUUAUACAUCUGAGAAAACCUUACGUGCAGCAUUUGAAGGCUUUGGUGAUCUUGUUGAAGUCAAAAUUAUUAUGGAUAAAAUUUCCAAAAGGUCCAAGGGUUAUGCAUUUGUUGAGUACACCACGGAGGAGGCUGCAAGCGCAGCAUUGAAAGAGAUGAAUGGCCAGAUUAUUAAUGGAUGGAUGAUAGUAGUGGAUGUUGCCAAGACUAACCCGCCAAGGCACAACAGGGGUCAUGUCAGGCCAUCAGUUUGACAAGCCAAAAGCCUUUCAAGGUAUUAACUAUUUCUAGCCCUGCGCUCUUAUUAUAAGUCAAGAUAACACAAACCAGAAUACUGCAGAACAUAAUAGAAUUAUGUGCAAUUAUUAUAGCCAACUAUUCUCAACCUUAGGAGUCAUUUCUAUUUUAUUUAUGUUUAUCCUGUCUUUUCCAGAGUUAAAUCUUAACUAUUAGUUGACUUGGUCUUGUACUAGCAGUAAUAGACUAAUACUUGGGAUUAAUUUUAUAUAAUACCUGUGAUCAAUUUUAUAUAUUUUCACAUUAGUCAAAGAAAUUCAGCUCCAUAUUAAUUUUGAUGCAUAAUUCAAUUUUUUUAAAUGAUAAAAAAAUAUUACCCGCUCUUUAUCUUAAUUUAAAAAAUCCGCUGUUUUAUAUCUGAUUAUAGUUAUCCUACAAGGUUCCCAAUAAUCACUAUCAAAAUAGUUCACUCAUAUUACCUGCUGAUUUAAUGACAAUCCUUUUUGCUUUUAUGGUCUGUUAUCUGUUGCUUAAAGUAAAAACUAACUUCAUGGCAUAUUCUUCCCCCUUGUAUCUAUUCUAAUAUGUUUAUGUCAUGAAUAAUUCUAGGAUUAAGGUUGUUUCUAUACAGAACAUUGAAUAGUUCUUCUCCUACUAUAUGGAAAUUAAAAUAAUCAGAGGAUUCUCUGUCACCUCACAUAAGUAAUGAUGAAAAUUGUAAAUAAGACGAGAGAUACUCUAAAAUAGGACAAGGUGAUUUGUGUGGUACAACAUUGGUGGGGGUGAGUUAUGUAAGAAAAAUAUAAAGAUAAAAAAAAUAUAAUUGGUAAGAGAAAAGUAUAUGGUUUUGCAUCUGCAAAGAGAAAGAGAUAUAAUGUUUUUUGGUGACAAGAGGUCCCAAAAGGGAAGAAAACAAACUAGGAGGCUAUUCUAGCAUUCAAGCUAACAAAAUGCAUAAGCUCCUCUGUUAACUCAAUCUAGGUAAUAUGAUCAGAUGCACUUCUAGCACAGUUAUUAUACUCGGAUUGGACUGACCAAUUCGAUAAGAAAACCGGUGAACUGAUACUUGUGCUAGUCCAAUUUCAAUUUUUGACCAUUUUGUCAAUUGACCCGUAGAAAACCGGUGCAAAACCGAACCUGUUGACCUGAUGGGUCAAUGCCAUCUGUGCAUCUCCACGGGUGGAACAGCAGCAAGCUAGAUCAUAGGAGGAGUACCAUAGCCUUUAAAAAGGUUUCCAGCAGCAAAGUCCCCACACGCCACCUCCUUGCAUCAUCAAGCAAGUGUCUUUUGUUGUGUUAGAAAGCAUUAUAAACACUCUCUUCCUUUAGUAGCUAGGUAAUAUGGAACUUGAGGUUUCAUUCAAGGGCGCGGCUUUGGUGAGCCGAACAUCUUUGGCUAACCAAGCAUAAGACUUCACUAUCGCUGACCAGUGCGCACUUUUAAUGAGAGCCGUUGGAUUAUUUUGUUUUUUAAUCCACCGGUGGAGAUCACCCUGAAAGUUGAUUGUUUUGAUUGGCUAAUGAAUGCUUUUUGCAACUUUUGUGUCAAAGAGGUUACUUUAGAAAAAUUUAAUUUGUUGCUAGUUAUUGUUGUUAGAUCUGAAAUGUCUUUGGGUUUAUAUGGCAAAAAUUUAUGAAUUUGUAAGUUUAAAUUAAUUAGAGUUAAGUAUUCCGUAUUAUGUUAACUAAAUGACGAUGAAGUUGGGCUGGGAAUGAGAUGCAUCGUGGACGUCAGUUUGUCGCAUAGAAGAAACGCACGAGUUUACAUUUCUGCCACUCGCUAUCAUGCCGUUUAUGUUUGAGUUGCACGAAGUUACUCCGCCCAGAAUUGCGGUGCAAAAAUUGCCUACUCGUUGAAUUGCGUAUCUGCCGCGAUGCAAGCAUUCCAAGGAUGACGAAACGUUAGUGUUAUCACCGGAACCGGACUCGAUCCCCAUGAUGACGAGUGGUGGUUCAGGCAGAGGAUUAGAUUGGCCAGAGAGGAUCAGAGAAGAAGGAUCAAAGCAGCACAGGGAAGUGUGCUUGGUGAGUGACAGAGAGGGAGAAGAGAUUUUAGGUCGGGCGGGUCAACUUGGCACGUAGUUGGGUUGGGCUUGGUUGCAGUCAAUACCUAUGAGAAAAAACAUAAUGGAGCUUUAUAUUUUUUUCUAAAACGAAUGUUUGGCUAAUGGAUUGGGUUAUUAAUAAUGUUGUUAAAAAUAUACCAAUCCUUUAAUACGGUCCCUUCUUUUUUUUUUUCUUGGAUGGGUUGGGUAACUAAACCCAACAAACCAAGCCCAGAAUAAGACACUUAAUCCCUCAAACUAACUCCCUACCUACCCGGAUGAAUUGCUUUCCUCCCCUGCAACCAAACUUCUAAAAGGAAACACAAUUAACUACACUACUAUAAAGAAGCACAAUUGACGCCAAAAAGAGAUCAAGUAAAACUGUGGGGCCGCUUCGAGGAGCAAAAGCGCGGGACGAGAUGCACCUCACUCCAGAACGCGGACGAUCUGGUGCGGGGAGACGGGGGAGCUGCAACUUGGUUCUGAGCUUGAGAAGAAAAUAGGAUGCAACUUAGAAAUCGCUGUGAAACCCAUCGCUGAUGCGACUCUGACAUGGUGCCACUGAUGAUGGAAAGAGAUGCCAAGGUGUGAGCUAGCUUGUUCCCUUCUCGAGGAAUCCAAGAAAAACCACAGUUUGGAAGUCUCCUCUGGAUAGCUUUAAUGUCUUGAAUUAUUGGUUCUACUUCCCAAAAUUUGCUUUUGCAAGGAUGCUGGAGUUCGUUUGGAUUUUUGAAGUUGUCCCUCCCAUGAGAGUUCCAUUGCAAUCUCUGAUCGCUACUGCUAUACUUCUGGAUUUUGUGUCAUUGGAGAAGGCUGCAUCCGUAUUCAAUUUGAGCCAAUUUUGAGGAGGGGCUCUCCAGAUUAUAGGUAACAUGCAAGGUGUUUCUUGAUGCAGCGAUGUCCGACGCUGUCUACAAGUAUGCGACGAUGUGGUAUCUGCUACUAGUGUCCUCUUCAUAUUACUUUGAUCGGCCUGAAAGGAGGUUCAUUGAUCGCUGCGUGAAAGCGGGAAAUCCGGAUGUUUUAUUCUGGCAUGGGUUGAUGCAGUAUUUCUAAAUUGGCCACCGUGACUUUGGAAUGCAGCAACUGGCUAGGGCUGCAACGGAAGACAAUGUUGAAGUCGGUUACGUGUGUGGCAUGCCGCUGCUAUGUAAUAACAAAGACAAAGCAGCAAAGAAGGGGAGUUGAAUUUUUUGAAGUUAUACGUACUUCUGGAACAGUCGAAAGGUGCAGAGAGCUCUUAAGGGAAUUGUUUGAGCAGUGGUGGGUGCAGGAGAAAUCUUCAGAUCCUGAAUAGCCCGUGGUUUGUCGGUCUACUAGUUGUCCUACCAGCAACGCUAUGGGCGUUGUCGAAGAUGUGUUCAGUGUCUUGUGUGUACUGUCUGACUGAUUACGAGGUGAGGGUCUUCUUAAAAAUGUUUACAUUUUAAUGAACAUUAUUAUUUAGCAAUUUUUUUGUUUGUUUAAAUGAACAUUAUUAUUUAGCAAUUUUUUUUUUGUUUAAAUGUAUUGUUUAUGCUUCUCUUAUCUGACAGUACA